CACAUCGCCGUCGUCGUCGUCCCCAGCGACGAUGCUCAACCUCACCUCACGCACAGCCCAUGCGUGGCGCUCUGCGCAGCGCCUCGCGGCAGGCAUGGCCACUGCCGUAGAGGGCAAGAUUGGCGACACAAAGGUCCCCAUGUCUCUCCUCGAGAAGGGCGCCUUCAUCAACUACCAGCGCAUCGAGGACAACCUUGCCAUCGUCCGCCAGAGGCUGCAACGCCCCUUGACGCUCUCCGAGAAGAUACUAUACGGCCAUCUUGACGACCCUCAUAACCAGGACAUCACCCGCGGUGUUAGCUACCUCAAGCUCCGCCCAGACCGAGUAGCUUGCCAGGAUGCGACUGCUCAGAUGGCCCUUCUCCAGUUCAUGUCGGCUGGCAUGGACACCGCUGCCGUCCCCACCACCGUCCACUGCGACCACUUGAUUGAGGCGCAGAUCGGCGGUGUCAAGGACUUGCAGCGUGCCAAGGAAAUCAACAAGGAGGUGUACGAUUUCUUGGCCACGGCUACCGCAAAAUACGGUCUCGGUUUCUGGAGACCCGGCUCUGGUAUCAUUCAUCAAAUUAUUCUCGAAAACUACGCAUUCCCUGGUGGUCUUAUGAUCGGUACCGACUCGCACACCCCCAACGCCGGCGGUUUGGGUAUGAUUGCGUGUGGUGUUGGCGGUGCCGACGCUGUUGACGUCAUGGCGGAUAUCCCUUGGGAACUCAAGUGCCCCAAGGUUAUCGGUGUUAACCUCACAGGCAAAAUCAGCGGCUGGACGACUCCCAAGGACGUUAUUCUCAAGGUGGCGGGUGUCCUCACGGUCAAGGGCGGUACUGGCGCGAUUGUUGAGUACAAGGGCGCUGGUGUCGAAAGCCUCUCUUGCACUGGUAUGGCUACGAUCUGCAACAUGGGUGCUGAGAUUGGCGCGACGACUUCAUUGUUCCCUUUCAACCACCGUAUGACCGACUACCUCAAGGCCACCAAGCGCGCUGACAUCGCUGCGUACGCGCAGCGGUUCUCGCACAACCUCCAGGCUGACAAGGACGCCGAGUACGACCAGGUGAUCGACAUCAACCUCUCCGAGCUCGAGCCUCACAUCAACGGUCCCUUCACUCCCGAUCUUGCCACCCCGAUCUCCAAGUUCAAGGACGAGGUCGCGAAGAACGGCUGGCCCUCAGAGCUCAAGGUUGCCCUCAUCGGCUCGUGCACCAACUCGUCGUACGAGGACAUGUCCCGCUCUGCGUCGAUCGCCCGCGAGGCUGCCGAACACGGUCUGGCUACCAAGUCCAAGUUCACGAUCACUCCCGGUUCGGAGCAGGUCCGCGCUACCAUUGAGCGCGACGGUCAGAUUGAGGCGUUUGAAAAGUCCGGUGGCCUUGUCCUUGCCAACGCUUGCGGUCCCUGCAUCGGUCAGUGGGACAGGAAAGACGUGAAGAAGGGCGAGAAGAACUCGAUCAUCACCUCGUACAACCGUAACUUCACCGGCCGUAACGACGCGAACCCCGCCACGCACGCCUUUGUCGCCUCCCCCGACAUCGUCACCGCGAUGGCCUUUGCCGGCGACCUCAGCUUCAACCCGCUCACAGACUCUCUCAUUGGCGCUGACGGCAAGCCCUUCAAGUUCACCGAUCCCUCCGGCCACGAGCUCCCUCCGCGCGGCUACGACCCUGGCCAGGACACCUUCCAGCCUCCUCCCGCUGACCGCGCGUCCGUCCAGGUUGCCGUUGACCCCAAGAGCGACCGUCUCCAGCUCCUCUCUCCAUUCAAGGCAUGGGAUGGCAAGACUCCCGAGAACCUCCCCGUUUUGAUCAAGGUCAAGGGCAAGUGCACGACGGAUCACAUUUCGGCUGGUGGACCGUGGUUGAAGUACCGUGGACACCUUGAGAACAUUUCCCAGAAUUGUCUUAUUGGUGCGAUCAACGAGGAGAACGGUGAGGCCAACAAGAUCAAGAACCAGAUCACCGGCACCUGGGGCCCCGUCCCGACCGUCGCUGCUGAGUACCGCGAGAAGGGCAUCAAGUGGGUCGUCGUCGGCGACCACAACUACGGCGAGGGCUCGUCGCGUGAGCACGCUGCACUAGAGCCGCGCUUCCUUGGCGGUCUCGCGGUCAUCGUGCGCUCGUUCGCGCGCAUCCACGAGACGAACUUGAAGAAGCAGGGCAUGCUCGCGCUCACGUUCGCGGACCCGGCCGACUACGAAAAGGUGAAGCCGAGCGACCGCGUGGACAUCCUCGGGCUCGAGAGCUUCGCGCCCGGCAAGAGCCUGACGCUGCGCUUGCGCCACGAGAACGGCAACAGCGAGGACAUUGAGCUGCUGCACUCAUUCAACGAGGGCCAGAUCGGUUGGUUCAAGGCCGGCUCGGCGCUGAACUUGAUGGCAGCGAAGGCAAAGGGCCAGUAAAUGCACGAUCCGUCUUCCUACAGAGACGGCUCGGCGCUGGCUUUCUUUCUUCCUUCCUCUCUUAGAAUCGAGUGUGCCAGAACGGGCUCAGUUUCAUCUCUAUCAUCCUACACACUCAUGACCGCACGAUCGCGCAUUCGCAACCCUCAUCCAUCCUCCCUUCAUCCAUCCACUCACUGACUCGCGACCCUAUCACCUGCAUCGCAUUCGAUCGCAUCGUAAUGUACACAACAAAGACACGGACGGGUAGACGGACGGACGGACGGACGGACGGGGAAUUUGAUCUGAAUUGACUCUGAAUCGACGACAGGACGACGACGACGACGAUGAAGGCGCAGCCGCCGCUGUUGGGCGCGCGCGUACACGCCAGCCAGUGUCGCUUGGCCUCUCUGAGAGACGCGUGGAAACGAAGGGCGGGCAGCCCGUGGAGGUCGCUCUUCUAUUCUCUGUUCUGUCCUGUCCUGUUUUCGUCUGGUCGAUCGGUUUGGAUCCUGUGCUAUUCUGCUCUGUCUGGUUUUCCUAUCCUCUUUUAUUCUUGACUCGUCUUUUUUUUUCAAACCGUCGUUCCCAAGGACCCAAUCUCGUCUCUCUCGUUUGUCAGUCCAUUAUCAGUCAGUCAACCGGUCGGUCGGUCUUCUUGCGUUUGUGUAGAGUACUCGUAUUUGUCGCUACAAGUAGUGGGUCGCGUUUGGUUAUGCAUUCGUGUGUGAUCGAUGUUUGACGGCGAGAGAAGGCAGGUGAGCGUGCGUGCGUGGGCGGUUGAAUGACGAGUUGUGAUUGGGUGUUAUUAAAUCCGCAUUUAAGAUUU